AUGACACCCUCCCCCUUACGCCGCCGCAAUGGACGCCCCCAAGCCUGCGACCCUUGUCGCGCGCGCAAGGUGGCAUGCGACCACGGCCAGCCAACGUGCAACCGCUGCCAGCGUCGCGGGCAGACAUGCGUGUACACCCUGAGCGCGCACUCGGCCAUGCCCGCGCGCCGCUCAGCAUCGACAGCCUCGUCCUCCACCGGCGAUGUGCGCAUGCGCGAUCACGACAGAGACCCGAGCGCACCGGGCAAGUCGCGUCCAGCAGGGUACCUAGGCCUCACGAGCUACUCGGCCGUGCUCGAGGAGACGAGCAACUCGCUGUCCUAUCUCCAGGGCACGCCGAGCUUCUCGGUUCUGCCGCCCAGGGAUGAUGAGUUGAGGGCUGUGCCGGGGGAGCUCUCCUCGCUCACGAGGGAGAUGUGCCUCGUCGUGCUGCGCUAUCUGCGCGACCUGAUCGACAGGGACGUGCUGCCCCGGCUCCACCCGGGACCACACGACAUCUGGCCGCGCAUCGUCGGUGUCAGGGUCCUCGAGAGCCUGAAGCAGACGAUGGGACGGCAUCCUUCCGAGGAGAAGCUCUACGACCUGGCGAGGCGGCUGUGCGCCAACACGGCGAAACCCAUGGUCGAGGAGGCCAACACGACAAGCGACGAGUGGAUGGCGCAGUUGACGGGCGAGAAACUGCGAUGGGAGAGCAUCGGACUCCUCUUCACUUUUUCCGAGCUGUUCGGGGACACGGCGGACCAGCCACCGAGUUAUCACAGUCCAUACGGCGGUGUCAAUGUCAAGUGUGUCGGCGUCUGCAUCGAGCUGGUGCGUAUGUUUGCGGACGCAAACGUGCUGCUGCUCUAUCUUUGCUUCCGGCGCAACAUUAUGGAGUCGAUGACGGUGGGCGACGCAGGCUUCGCUUGCUGGCGCGCGCACGCAGAGUCCAUCUCGCUACUCACAUUCAUGGGCAUCCACGCUGACCAGCCCACGAGCACGCCAACCUUUAUGGCCGAAAUGCGCGCCCGCUUGUUUGCUCGCAUCUUCACCAUCGACAAGGUGUCCGUCUCGUUCCAGGGACGCCCAUGCUUGAUCAGCGGCCGCUACGUCACGACGCCGCUGCCUCGCGACAUCCCAGACGGCGCGUUCAUGGGGGGUCCAGAGGCUCUUCGCCUGGCUGCGAGCCAGAUUGGCGAUGACGGCUGGUUCAGAGGCGAGGAGAUACCCUCCGUCACUCUUGGGCGCGCGCGAUUGAUGAUCGCCUACGUCAAGGACGAGUUGAUGGAGGUGGCCCUCUCGCAGCGGGAAAAGCCCCACAUCGAGGUCCUGCUCGACCUCAAGCGACGCGCGCAGGCCACAAGUGACUCGUUCCCUCCUUCACUGGCCUACUCGCCGCACGACAUUGAAGACGCGUCCGUCGACACGACAACCGUCUUUGGCUCCUCGCUCGCGCGCAUCGAGCAUCUGCAGAACCUCUUCCUAGCCGAGCGACUCCUCCUCAAGAGACCAGACUACCCCCAAGACAGGGGCGAGCUGCUCGAGAUCUCCUACAACAUGGUUCUCCUGACGGUCAAGUUCUGGGUCCACAAGGACCGCUUCGCCGAAAUGAGCGGCGACUACGGGUGGCUCGUCAUGAACUACGCAGCGCCUGGCGGUGGCAUCCUCUGCAUGGAGCUGCUCAAGGGCUCCGUCGCCUCGUCGACGGUCAGCCGCUCGGCCAUGAUCCAGCAGCUGAGCCUCCUCGUCGGCUUCCUGGGCUGGGUCAGCUCGGACGCGCCCAACGCGGAGCUGUGCGCGAGCUGCCGGACCAUCAUCCAGCGGGUGCUGGACCAUGCUCUGAACCACCCGGGCGCCCCCCUCACGCACGACGACGGGAUCGGCGACGGGCGGUUGGCGGAUGACGGCAUCUUCUUCCACUUUGACCUGCUCGACACGUACGAGUGGCUGAGGCCGGACGAGAUGGCUGCGCUGGACGAUGUCAGGGUGUGA